CGUUCGAGCAGUGGGUCCAAACGAUUGCCUGUCAAACUCCGGAAGACUUCUCCUCACCGCUCAUCAAUCCAACUUCCAAGUGCAGCUUCCUCAACUCCCCUCUGUCUUUCUCAUUUCUCAACAUGGCCGCUUCCGGCUCCGCUGAUAGUAGCCCCGAGAAGAAACCACCGGUGCUGUCAACUCUGCAAGACCUGACCAUCCUCGAGGCCUUCGACCAGGGAGCGACCGAGGCGAAAUACGUCACUUUCUACCUGGUGACGGCCGAAGAUGAGGUAUACUUUGGCCAAUUGUUCAAGCCGAAGAAGGAAAUCACCCUGGAGGAGUACAAUGCCGCCCUGAAAUACGUCCCCGACAGCGAGAUCUACCCAGCGGUACCCCCCAACACGGCCCUCACCAUCGCACCCACCGACCUGGACGACACCUCCGCCUUCAUCAAACGAUCCGGCCUGAAUUGCUACGAGAGCAUGAAGGGCACCAACUUCGUCCCAAAAGGCGUUCUCGAGGAGACACUCAUUAUGGAGCAAAUCUCCCGGACCCCUCACCCCAACAUCGUCCGCUACCUCGGCUGCCGGGUCUAUCGCGGUCGAAUCACGGCCAUCUGCCUCGAGCGCCUGGAGCACACGCUGAUGCAGUACAUCCACGAGCCGGGCUUUGCCUCCCUCGACAAGGCCAAGUUUGUCAAGGGCCUGGAAUCCGCCGUGGCGUACCUCCACUCGCUGGGGCUGGCGCACAACGAUAUCAACCCGUACAACAUCAUGGUCAGGCAGGACGGCACGCCCGUGCUGAUCGACUUCGGAUCGUGCCAGCCCUUUGGCGGCCGGCUGCAGUCGCUGGGCUCGCCCGGAUGGUACGAGGAGAUUUUCUUCACGUCGCAGGCCAAGCAUGAUUUGUUCGCGCUGAAGAAGCUGCGCGAGUGGCUGGAGAAGCCGGAGUGAAGGCGGACGGUAUCGGCCCGGGCCCGGUGCAGAUGCACAGGGUUAGCUGAGCUAAGCUGACUGAGGAUCUGAUUGCAAGAGUAAUCAGUUUGGGGAGGACAAUUGCAUGCUGCCUACGGGCAGUGAGCCUUGGGGUUUCACCUGCGUUCUGUCCUGAGCCAGCCACCUCCGUCGGAUCCCACUAGCUCUUAAGUCUUUGCUGCCUGAGUCUCAUGGUCGAGUUGGUUAGAAAGCCUCUUUCACCCAUCAUAUCUCUUCCACGAGGAAAUCGUAUUCAACGCGUAAAGAUGUGUAAAGCUAGUAUAAGUGCCACAGCCGUUCGUUCCCGCUUUCCAGUCUGAACCACCUGGUAAACCAUUCACCUUCCAUCAACAACAUUCCACCCCAAAUGCUGCGUACAACCCUGGCCUCACCUCCCUGUACACUCUUGCUGCGAGCGUCG